AUGGAGAGUGCAGCUGCAGCUCUCCCGCUCCAGGCUUCAGCGGGUCGCGCCUGUCCCCGCUCCCGGGGCGCCCGGCGGCAGGAGCGGCAGCGGCCGCCCCAGCAGAGGAAGCGCCUGCAGAGCAGCCCUGCUUUAUGGAGGCCCUGGAUGCUUACAGCAAGAGAUGGCAAGAUGAGAGAAAAUCAACAACUGUCAGAACUGGAUGGUCAGCUAAUAAAUUUUAGAUCAAAAGGAGGUCUGGGGUUUCAACAUCCAGUGAGACUUUAUUUGCCCAAGUCCAAGUCCCAGAAAUUUCUUAAUAAUACUGGAGAAAAGGUUCUGGCGAGUUUUCCAGUACAGGCUACAAUUCACUUCUACAAUGAUGAUGCCAACUCUGAGGAAGAUGAGGAAGAAUUAAGUUCAACCUAA